GUUUCUCCAGUCACUUCCUGAAGUUCCUGAAACCUGAGAUCUUAUUAUUGGUCUUGUUCGGUUUUGUUCUUUAUCAUUUUUUUUAAUCUUGCGAGAUAAGAAGUUGCAUAUUUCUAAUGGCUGUAGAUACAUUCGAAGACGCUAAACAGGAAAAAAUGGACGAGGAUAUAUCAGAUGGAAGAACACAAGCUGAUUUUGUUCGCGAAGAAUUAAAUUUUGACAUUGAUCCUGAAGAUCCUGUAACUAAGGCUUCUUUAAAUGAUCAUCCUAUAGAUGAGUGGAUAGACAUACUUGGUAACGGUCAAUUGAAGAAGAGAGUUAUAAAAAAAGGUGAAAAUGGAACACGACCAAAUAGAGGUGAUAUAUGUACAUUAAACGUUACUGGCAAAUUUGAGGAUAAAGUAGUGGAAGAAUAUGAAAAUCUUGUGAUACAGUUGGGAGACAUGGAAGUGAUACAGGGAUUAGACUUAGCAAUUGCAUUGAUGGAUGUAGGUGAAGUUGCUGAAAUUGUAGUUGAUCCUAGAUUUGCUUAUGGCAAUCUUGGAAAAAGACCUAUACCACCUGAUGCUACCAUUACGUACACAGUUGAAUUAAAAGCAUCAGAGUUUGAGCCUGACAUAGAAACAUUGAGCAUUAGUCAAAGAAGAGAAAUAAGCAAUAAGAAACGUGAACGUGGAAAUUGGUGGUUUGUUCGAACGGAACUGUCUUUUGCAAUACAAUGUUAUCGGAGAGCACUGGAAUAUCUGUCAUCGACAAAAAGAAGUACAAAUCAUGAGGAAGCAGAAUCAGUUAGUGAUGCUGAAUUGCAAAUUUUAUUAGAAGAUCGCAUAAAAGUUUAUAACAAUUUGGCAGCUGCAUUAAUUAAAACCGAAGCUUAUGAUGCAGCUCUGGAAAAUGUGGAACAUGUUUUAAGAUGUCAACCACAAAAUAUGAAAGCACUAUUUAGAAAAGGAACAAUAUUGAGACUUAAAGGAGAAUAUGCUAAAGCUUAUGCAAUUUUUACUGAAAUGCAAAAAUUAAAUCCUGAAAUGAAAAUAUGCGCCACAGAAUUAUUAACUUUAAAAGAUAAAAUUGCUAAAGAUGCAAAAAAAGAAAAACAUCUGUAUCGUAAAAUGUUAGGCGUUGAAGAUAUAAAUUCAAAAGAUGUGAAAAUUUAUGAUGAAAAUAAAAGAAAAUUUGCUAAGAGAGUUUUCUGGACUCUAAUUGGAGCAGCAUCUGUUGCUACUAUUAGCAUAUUUAUACACAGAUUUACGUGAAAAAUAAAAAAAUACAGAUAUAAUAAAAAAUAAAUUAAACUUUUAUGUUCAAAGAAACAAAAUAGAGUCCAUGAGCUUUAGCUGCAUAGUAGCAUGUAUAAUUAAAAAAUUUUUUUUUUUUUUUUAAGAAAUGGGUAUGUGAUGAAAAAUAAUAGACAAAUUAUGGUAAUGAGAACUGUCGAACUUUUUGUUUAUUUAAGAAAAUAGAAUAAAAUUGUUCAAUCUGUAAUUA